GUAUCCGAAUUGCUUUCCCUUUCGGUCACUCUGGUUGUCUGUCUCGCUCUCUCGUUAUGCCGCUAAAAAGGCUCUAGACUGUGUUUUCCCAAUAAUAAACGGAUUAAUUAAUUCCGGCGUUUUAUUGAAGACAUAACAAUUGGCGACGAGAUAUUAAGUGUCCACGCGCCUAAAUCACAUAAAAAUAAAUAAGUGAAACUACGUAAGUAAAGUGUUGUGGAAAGUGAAAAAACCGGUAACGCAUAUUGGGGGAGGAGCCGCCAUUUUGCAACAAGGAAAUGUCGUGUCAUUUAUUUUCACUGACAUUGAUACGUCAAUAUAUAAUAUUUUUAUAAUUCAAUGUCUAACAAUUCAACAACAAAAAGGUCAUGGAUUUAUGACCUAAACAAAACAGAACUACAAGAAAAACUAAAAGACCUGAAUAUUACUUUUACUACAGAAGAUACAGUGAAGGAUUUACGAAAACUUCUCAGUACGUAUUGUAAACAAAUACAAAAUAAAAAAUCUAUAAAGAUGAACUAUAGUCUUCAACCGUUCGAUGGCGAAGGCUGGGAGGUUUUCGAGCAACAGUUGGAAUGCAUAAUUACAUUAAAUGAGGUAUCAGAUGACAAGAAAGUUCCAUUAUUACUUACUAAAAUUACACCCAAAGUGUUGGAAGUGCUAAAUUGUUUAUGUACACCUACAAACCCAGUGAAUUUAACCUAUACGGAAUUAUGUAAAAAAUUAAGAAACAAAUACAUUCCCACACAAUCAACAGCUCUUGAUAGGGCCGCAUUUCGAAGCAGAAAUCAAAUGCCGACAGAAAACAUUGAAGACUAUGUGCUUCAAUUACGAAAAUUAGGAGGCAAAUGUAACUUCAAGGACUUAGACGAUCAAAUUAAAGAAAAAUUGAUUGAUGGUGUAUCUUCCAAAUUAAUAAAAUUUGAGCUUUUAAAAAAUUGCACAGAGAUGGAUUUGGAAAAGACCAUAUUAUUGGCUCGUACAGUGGAAAUAGCAUUAAUACAAACAACAACCAAAAGUGACAAUGUACCAGAAAUGUUUUUUUAUCAAAGGGGGAAAAUUAAUAAGAAAAGUAACCAAACAAAAACCAGCAUGAAUAAAGCAAACAGAGAUUCAACAAAUCAAACAAACAAAUGUUUCUGUUGUGGAGGUCUGAACCAUGUAAAAGAUGAAUGUAGAUUAUUGAAGAAAUUUUGUUCGGAGUGUGGUAAACAGGGCCAUAUAUUCAAAAUGUGUAGAAAUAAAACUCCAAGAACAUAUGUUUUAGAAAAGGAAGGAGAAACUGAGUUGCCUGAUGAUGAAGAAGAAGAUGUGGAAACAUCUGUAGCACAAUUAUUCAAUGAGUAUCAAAUGUACUCUGUAAAUAAGCAGAACAACAUGUAAGGGAAGAGUUCGCAGAUGUAUUUAGUCCGGGCUGGGGAGACUUCAAAGGUGAAGCAAUUAAAUUAAAAUUGAAACCAGAUGCUAAGCCCAAGUGUCUGCCAGUGCGUCGCACCCCAUUUGCUUUAAAAACCAAGGUAAAAUCAGAAAUUUCACGAUUACUUGAUAAUGGAAGAAUUGUACCAGUUGAGUAUAGUCAGUGGGGAACACCGGUAGUCCCUAUCUUAAAACCAGAUGGAUCUGUAAGAUUAUGUGGUGAUUAUAAAGUAACUUUAAAUCCACACUUAGAAGUGGAUCAUUAUCCAUUACCACACAUUGAUGAAAUUUUUGAUACACUUAAGCAUGGACAGUAUUUCUGCGAACUCGACCUAAAGGAGGCUUAUUUACAAGCUCCAUUAGAUAUAGAAUCUCAAAAAUUAACAACAAUUGUAACAGAAGAAGGAACAUAUAUGUAUCAAUACUUACCAUUUGGAGUAAGUACUGGCCCAGGAUCAUUUCAACGUUUAAUGAGCAAUAAGCUGGCUAAUAUUCCAAAUACAAUAGUGUUUAUUGAUAACAUUUAUGUAGUAGGAAAAUCAUUAAAAGAAACAAAGGAUACAUUAUUUGAAGUACUGUCAAAACUAAAGGAAUCAGGAUUGAAAUUAAAACUGGAAAAAUGUAAUUUUUUUUAAAAAAGUAUUGAAGUUUUUGGUUUUAAAAUAACAAAUAGAGAAAUCAGUGUAAUAAAAAAAAACUUAGAACCACUAUUGAAGACAGAGGCACCUAAAAACAUUACCAUGCUAAAAUCAUUCCUAGGGAAAGUAAAUUAUUAUGGAAGAUUUCUUAAAAAUAUGGCAAAAAUUAUUACACCUUUACACGAGUGUACAAAACAAAAUAAAUUUAACUGGACUAAAGAAUGUAACGACGCAUUUAACUUAAUUAAACAAAAAUUGGCAUCCGUCCAAAACCUGUGGCAUUAUGAUCCAAACUUGCCUCUAAUUUUGACUUGUGACGCUUCACAUACAGCAUUGGGGGCUGUGCUUUCAAAUAGAGAUGAAAGUGGUGUAAUAAGACCUAUUGCAUAUGCAAGUAAGAAGUUAAAUUCAACAGAAUUAAAAUAUUCAACAAUAGAUAAAGAGGCAAUGGCAAUUAUCUUUGCUGUAACCAAAUUUUACAACUAUACUUAUGGACGCACUUUUGAGCUUGAAACAGAUAAUGCUGCUUUGGUCAGAAUAUUUGGUUCCACCAAGGGAAUUCCCAAAAUGGCAGCCAAGCGGUUACAGCAUUAUGCUAUAUUCUUAUCAGCAUUUAAUUACAAAAUAAAACAUAUCAAAACAAAUAUAAAUCCAGCAGAUUUCUUGUCUCGCUCCAACAUAAAUAUAAACACAGAAAAAAUAGAUUAUCAUCCAAUUUGUUUAAAUGGUAACAUAAGUAAUGUAUUUUAUAUAAAAAAUUCAAACAUAAAAAAAUUAGAUUGGAAAGUUAUUCAAUUGGAAACACAAAAGGACGUAACUUUAUCAACUGUUUUACGAUAUACUGUGGAUGGGUGGCCAGAGAAAAGAAUGUUAGGUAAGGAAUUGUUACCAUAUUAUAAUAAAAGGAAUGAACUUAGUGUGGAUAGAAACUGUCUAUUUUGGAGCCAUAGGAUCAUUAUACCAUCAGUAUUAAGAGAGUCUGUUUUAUCUGAGUUGCAUGAGAGUCAUUUCGGUAUAGUUCGUAUGAAACAACAAGCACGGUCGUUUUUCUGGUUCCCUAACUUAGACACCGAAAUAGAGAAAAUUACAACUAAUUGUAUAAUUUGCUUAAGUAAUCAUAAAAACCCCAGCAAAGCACCAUUAAAGUUAUGGCCGGCCCCGCCUUCUGCGUGGUAUCGCAUACAUGCUGAUUUCUUAGGACCAUUUUAUAAUAAAAUGUACUUGGUAAUCGUUGACAGUUACUCUAAGUGGCCAGAGGUAUUUGAAAUGUCAAGCAUUACAGCAUGCCGAACAAUAGCAGUGCUAAAGUAUGUCUUCUCGCGAUUUGGCUAUCCAAACCACUUGGUAACUGACAAUGGACCAACAUUUACAAGCCAAGAGUUUGAAAAUUAUUGUAAUGACAUCAAUGUAAAACAUACUUUCUCACCGCCAUACCAUCCAGCUACUAAUGGAGCUGCUGAAAGAUUUGUGGAAACUUUCAAAACACAUGUAACAAAGAUAAAAGAGAGUGGACACCCUCUCACAUGUGCUGUAAAUUUAUUCCUUUUUGAUUACAGAAGCAUGUCACAUAAUAUUACUGGAAUAAGCCCAGCAAAACUAAUGUUGGGAAGAGAAUUAAGAAAUAGAUUUUCAUUGUUGAGACCCCCGGCAGUCACUGAAAAAUCAUAUGAUAUGUUAGAAAAACAUUAUAACAACUCAGUAAAUACAAGGAAAGUUAAAUUUGAUAUUGGAGAGAAAGUGAUGGUCAGGGACUAUCGGAAGGGUGCAAAGCCAUGGGUUCAAGGAAUAAUUGUGGAUGAAUCUGUACCAGAAACCACUUAUAAUGUAGAUGUUGAUAAAUGUAUUUGGAAAAGACAUGUUAACCAAAUGUUGAAGUGUAGUAACAGUUAGUUCGUAGGACUUCCUUAGGAUGUAUGCUGUGCAUGAUGCCAAGAACUAUACAUGUUAUUAUACUUUAAUAAGUAGUGUAUAAUUAUACUUUAAUAAGUAGUGUAUAAUAUUAAGUAAUGUAGGAAAAAUAAAAAAAUACUUUGCAUGUAAAAGGAGAGAACAAAUGUAAGCCAGAGUAUUUUUAAGUUUUAAUAGAUGUAUAAAUAAGAUUGUAAGGGGAGAAGGAGAAAGCAGGAACACUAUGUAUUUUGUUUAAACUCAUCUUUAUUACUUAUUUUAUUAUUUAAAUUUAGGAUUCGAAGCUCGUGGAGUUUCAAGACUUAACCCGAUUAAUAGCUUUCGUGUGAAGUCUUGAAACUAAAGCGGUGGAGAGUGUUGUGUAUCCGAAUUGCUUUCCCUUUCGGUCACUCUGGUUGUCUGUCUCGCUCUCUCGUUAUGCCGCUAAAAAGGCUCUAGACUGUGUUUUCCCAAUAAUAAACGGAUUAAUUAAUUCCGGCGUUUUAUUGAAGAC